AAACAUUAUCCGCAAAAUACAUCCAUCAGCUGAUCAAUACGAAAGCUUUACUUUGACAAUUAGUUAGUAUUACUGUAAACAUAAUGUUUUCUGUUGUUAGAUAUAAUGCGAAUAGAGUAUUUAGAAUGCUGUUACUCAAAAGAAUGCAGCCAGGCCUAAAUAGAUGCAAGAGCACUAUUGUGGCUGAUGCCAGACAAUCUCUUGCCAGCAGAAGUUUGAAUUCCACUGGUGAAAAAGACUGGGCAGCCAGAGCUACAAAUACAGACUGGGAAAAAAUACUAACUCCUGAACAGUACUUUGUGUGUCGAGAAGGUGGUACAGAAGAACCUUUUACAGGAAUUAAUUUUAGUAACUUUGAAGAAGGACUUUACAAGUGUGUUUGUUGUUCUGCUGUUCUAUUCAGCUCAGAAGCAAAGUAUGAUUCUGGUUAUGGUUGGCCGUCAUUUCACUGCGCAGAGGAAGAAGGAUCAUCAGUCAAUGUGGUGAAGGUACCAGAUGACUCAUCAGGUGUUGCAGUCACUCAAGUUGUUUGUAGACAUUGUGAAUCACAGCUUGGACAUGUGUUGCAAGACCCGAACAACUCAUCAAAGGAGUGCUAUUGCGUCAACAGUACAGCUCUUCAUUUUGAAGCAAAAUAAGAACUGUUUCAUUUGCAGUGUGAAUCACAGCUUGGACAUUUUGCAAGACUCAAACAAGUCAAAGGAGUGCUAUAUCGUCAGGAGUACAGCUCUUUAGUUUGAACCAAAAUAAGAACUUUUUAUUCAAGUUUAGCUUGCUACAUUUUGCUGAGGCUUUAAAAGUAUUUUAUAUAGUAUUUAAGAGAUUAUUCAAAAACAAAUUGUGCUUAGAUAAAACAACCCCAGCACUGGGUUAGUCCAUCAUUUGCAAUAUUUAAUUACUCUGUUAGUAUAGCCUAAAUCUAAGCUACUUACUGAAAUACUAAGACACACACUCUGUCUAAUCAUAUGUUGAGCAGCUGAUGUAGAAAAAUGAAAUACUGGUAGAUACAGUAAUAGACACAGGUCAGUUUCAAAUUUCACUGAAUUCUCCAACAUGUUUUAAAUUGACUGUGUUAACACAACACUAAUUGGAAAUUUUAGAAAUCAUAACGAAAAGUAGUAAAGUACAAGCUAAUUAACAACAUGUACAAUAUUCACCAUUCCUGGAACCUACCAAAUCCCAAUUUGAAGCCAGAUAGGGGGUUUCAAGUGUAGGAGAUAAUUUUGUAUUAUAUUGUACAUUUUGUAAAAUUUGUUUAUUCAUGUAGAUUUUAUUCAUAUGUAGAUACAAUUUUUUAUUUGGUGGAAAAAUCAACAGUAGACCGAGUGGCAAAUGUGAAUGUACACAUAUACACAUGGUCCGGAGUAACAAGGACAUUUACAUUAGAUCCUGGGAUCCACACUGCAGCGCCCCUACGGUGGUCUUUACUCCGGGAGACAAUCCCUUACUCCUUCACAAAUGUGUAUCGAGAGGUUUUCUUUCAUACACACGUGCUAUUUUUGCACACGGGACUACAGCGUAAAGCUCUGUCCAUGCUACCAAAUUUUAUGUGACAAAUUUGUGUGAUAGGCUUAUGCCCAUAUAUUGACACAGUCACACUACUACACCCAAAUAUGGGCAUUUUGCAGGUAUUUUUUAAAUAAAAAUUUAAUAGUGUGUACAAAGCACAGAGAUUAUUAAAGCUAAGUUAAACCGACAGGUUACAAACUUAGUCGCUCUCGCAUUCUCUCCAAUCCCUAUUCCAAUGGGGGUGUGAGGGUUAUGUGGGAGCAUUUGCAAUUUAAGCUAAGAGGUGCUAACUUCAGAAAGGUGGUAUGAGGUUUACUACUUUAGUGUAAUGUUUUUCCUCAACAGAUUUUCAUGGGGAGGGGGAGGCAUAAGGAUUUUUAAAGGG